AAGGCAUUCAAAAUAAAUCAUAUCCAAUUUACGGACAUUGUAGAAUAGCUCUCUCUCUCUCUCUCUCUCUCUCUCUCUCUCUCAAGUGGGAAGAAUUCCGAAUUCAAAAACUGUUGUUUCCUGAUCCCCGUAUUUCCGUUUAAUCCACAUCCCAAGCUUUCAAAUCCUAAACCUCAUCUCCCAGCUUCGAACUUCAAACAAAAACUCGGAAAAAAAAGAAAAGAAUAGAUACAUAGAAUGGGGGCGUAUAGAGCUGAAGACGACUACGACUACCUAUUCAAGGUGGUGCUCAUAGGUGACUCCGGCGUCGGCAAGUCCAAUCUGCUUUCCAGGUUCACAAAGAACGAAUUCAGCCUAGAGUCCAAGUCCACCAUCGGCGUCGAAUUCGCCACCCGAAGCAUUCACGUAGAUGACAAGGUCAUCAAGGCCCAGAUUUGGGACACAGCCGGCCAAGAGAGAUACCGUGCAAUCACAAGUGCAUACUAUCGCGGAGCUGUUGGUGCAUUGCUUGUCUAUGAUGUCACGAGACAUGUCACUUUUGAGAACGUGGAGAGAUGGUUAAAGGAGCUUCGUGAUCACACCGAUUCCAACAUUGUGAUUAUGCUUGUAGGAAAUAAGGCAGAUUUACGUCAUUUGCGCGCUGUUUCAACCGAGGAUGCUACAGCAUUUGCUGAGAGAGAGAAUACAUUUUUUAUGGAAACCUCUGCCCUGGAAUCAUUGAAUGUGGAAAAUGCCUUCACUGAAGUGCUCACUCAGAUAUAUCAUGUAGUCAGCAGGAAGGCACUCAACACUGGGGAUGACCCAACAGCCUUGCCCAAAGGACAGACUAUUAACGUGGGGGCUAAAGAUGAUGUAUCAGCUAUGAAAAAUGCUGGAUGUUGUUCUGCCAUGCCUUGAGAAAUCUUGCAAAUCCUUGUGGUAUAAAAUAGUUUCUCCUGUUUCUAAAAUUUUAUAUUUCUAUGUGGCUUAGAACAUAUAUGUCCAUUACAUAUUGGAAUGAGGCCACAUGGAAUUCAGUUAUUUUCUCCUUUCGUAUAUUUUCGUUUCUCUUUUUCAUCUUCAGUUGGAGUGUUAUGAUACGCAUCUCAUAGAUUAGGAUACAGUUGAUUGCUCGAUGAUGGAAUUUUGAGGUGUAUUGAGAUAAUUAUGUAAUGUAUUUGAUUGAUUGAAUAGAUAUUAAGAUUCAAGUUUGCUA